CUCAAUACUUCAACACAUCUACAGUUUUAUACCACAAAAAUGUUCGGAGGACCACCACCACCACCAUCCGCUGCCGAGCUUAAGGCUCAAGAGGAAGAAGCUACCCUCACCGUGCAACGAGUCAUUACAUGGUCUAUUCUUCUUUAUCUUUCACCUUUCGCCGUCAAGAGCAUUCAAAACCUCAUCUAGGAUUGCAAACGAAUAAUGCAUCAUGACCUGUACAACAUAAGCGCAUGAGAAGAUCGAGGAGGUGUACAAUAGGAUGGGAAUACGCAUGGAUAUAAUGUACAAGCGCUGCAUAUAUGAAUUGCUGGCAUUGUCACUUAUAUUUCUUUCGUGCUAGAGAGUAAAAGUUUCG